UUAUGGAAUAUGAGACAGAUAAAACGUUGUUGAAAGAAUUGCCUCAAUAUUUGCUGGCCAAAAGUUGCUUUGAGUUAAAAGAGUUUAAACGAGCAGCACACUUUAUAGCGGGCUGUCAAGCUCAUAUAACCCGCUUCCUAUAUUAUUACUGCCUAUAUCUGGAGGGCGAAAGGUUAAAAUUGGAUUUCCAAAUGCAACGAAAUUUAAAAAUGAACAAGUCAUGUUCCAUAGUAAACAAAGAAAUUCCUUACAUUCAUGAUAAGUUACGUGCUCUUCACCUGAAAAAAGAACUUGACGGUUUUGAACUAUACUUAUACGGAAUCGUUUUAAAAGAAAAAAAAUGUCUACUUGAAGCCCUUAAUAUUUUUGUUGAAGCCUGCAAUAAAACACCGUUUUUCUAUGCAAUAUGGGUGGAGCUCUCCUCUCUGGCGUCUACCUUCCCCGAAUAUUAUUCGAAUCUCUCUCUACCGUCGCACUGGAUGGUAGACGUUUUUUCUGCUCAGUAUGAAUUAGACUGCCACCGCGAAGAAAACUCUAUCGACAUCUACGAGAAACUGGCAAAAAUAUUCGAGAAGAGCUCUUUCCUGCAUACCAAAAUUGGGCUUUGCAAAUAUAAUGCGAGAGAUUUGGCGGGGGCGCAAAAGGAGCUCCUGGGGGCCUGCGAGGGCACCAGCGGAUGUAUGGAGGGUCUCGACGCCCUCUCCAACAUCUUCCACGUGCAAGGCAAAAAGGAGCAACUAGCUAAACUUGCGCACGAGGUCACAGAAAUCAACAUGCGCAGGCCCGAGUCUUGUUGUAUUGUUGGAAACUAUUAUAGUGUAUACGACGACCACCAGAAGGCAAUCUUAUAUUUCAAAAAAGCGCUUCACCUAAAUUCUAGUUGUCUAAGCGCUUGGCUUUUUCUGGGGCACGAGUACUUGAUCACGAACAACGUCUCCAAAGCCAUCAAGGCGUAUCAUUCUGUACUCGAAAUUGACCCGAAUGAGUUCCGGGCGUGGUACAAGCUUGGUCACGCUUACGAGACCCUCCGUCAAUUUCCUUUAGCAUUGUAUUAUUAUAAAAAAACCGCAUUUCUAAGACCAAAAGACGAAAGGCUUUCCGAUGCUGUCAAACAGCUGAGUAGAAACAUUAUAGAAUGCGAAGAGACGGUUUAGGUAAGGAAGGUAU